AUGGCUGAGCUUGUCUGUGCCAUUCUUUUGGUGGCCAUUGCCAUUGACAUCAUCUACACCUUCUACACAAGGAUCCGCAAGCAGCCAAGAACGCAAAGUGACUCCACAGGCAGUUCUGAUAAACCACAUAAUCUUGGUGUUGUCAUCGCUUGCUACAUGGCUCAAAUCACAUUUCCGACAACCAUUCUACAGGCGGUGCACGGCAUUGUGGGAUGUGUUUAUGUGCCGGCGAGCUCUGGGCUGGCCCACGCAAUCUUCGCGUUGCUGUUCUUGGAAUUUCGCACUAAAGCACCUGGAGCUCAUACCAUUGCUCAGUUUGUGGGUCAUCGCUUUGGCGUAGCUGCCCAUGUUCUCACAAUCUUCAUUAGUCUCUUCACAGCUCUUUACAACCUCACCAUAAAUGCAUUUGGUGGGUAA